ACGCCCUGAGCUACUCCACCAGGCUCAAGAGCUCUCGACUCGACCAGCAGCAGACUUAAACCAGUCAUCUAGAAAGGUGACAAAAUGAGCGGAAGAGGCAAGGGAGGAAAAGGACUCGGUAAAGGAGGCGCCAAGCGUCACCGUAAAGUCCUCCGUGAUAACAUCCAGGGAAUCACCAAGCCCGCUAUCCGCCGUCUGGCUCGCCGCGGUGGAGUCAAGCGUAUCUCCGGUCUCAUCUACGAGGAGACCCGCGGAGUCUUGAAGGUUUUCCUGGAGAACGUCAUCCGUGACGCCGUCACCUACACCGAGCACGCCAAGAGGAAGACCGUCACCGCCAUGGAUGUGGUGUAUGCUCUCAAGAGGCAGGGCCGCACUCUGUACGGCUUCGGAGGCUAAACUGCUGCGUCCUCAAAUUUAAACAACCAAAGGUCCUUUUAAGGGCUGCACACACUUCUUUUGAAGAGUUGGUUUUUCUGACCGCUAUUUUAACGCCUCAAGCAGUCAAUGCUUUAAUGUCGGGCAUAAGUCCAUGGCCGGGCCACUAGUGAGCAAAUCAAUCUUUAGAGUGAUUACUGCUUGGAAUAAUGUCUAGAUUUGAUAUACAUCACAUGACGUUCUAGAUUUGUGUUGUGGAAUCCGCAGUAAUGCACAUGCUGGUUCAGUUUGAUCAUUUGAAGUUUUACACAUUAGUUGUGCUUUAUUACCACAAAAUCCCCGUCUGGUACUAUUAAAUGACUGGGGAGACCAGUGCUGUAAAUGGCUUCCUAGCCUGAUUUGUAGACGUUUGUAUUCUUAGAUACAAUGUGAUACAAGAAUUGCUGUGGAGGAAAAAAAACAACGUGC